GCCAAGCCUUCUUCAUCAAAGAGACAAAAAGACCCGUCCUGACUCAGAAUAUGCACUGGCAAAAAUCUUCUGCUCCAGAACAGCAGCCACAGCCUCGCCCCUAUCAAGGUGUCCGUGUCAAAGAGCCAGUGAAGGAGCUAUUGAAAAGGAAACGGGGGAACGUUCAUAAUGCCAGUGCAACGGCAGCUACAACGGUUGUUUUGCCCCAUCAGCCACUUCCUUCCUAUUCACCAAUGGGCCAGCCUUGCAUUGAUAUAGAUGCUGCUGCGUCUGCAUUGCCUGUCACAGAUGAAGGAGCACUCUGUUCUGGCUGGAUCUCCCAGCCUUCUCCCACAUCCUUACAGCCUUUAACUCAGUGGACCACUUAUCCUGACUACGUGUCCCAUGAAGCAGUCAGCUGUCCAUACACAGCAGAUAUGUAUGUUCAGCCUAUGUGUCCCAGUUACACACUGGUUGGACCUUCAUCUGUUCUGACUUACACUUCUCAACCUCUGAUCACCAAUUUUGCACCUCGAAGCACCACCCCUGCCGUCGUGCCUCAGCUCGAGGUGACAGAUCAGCAGCCACCUCUCACGUACUUCCCAUGGGCACAGCCCCUCUCUGCACUGCCAGCCCCUACUUUACAGUACCAGCCAUCUUCUUCCACGCUCUCGGGGCCUCAGUUUGUGCCCUUGCCCAUCUCCAUCCCCGAACCAGCCCCUCAGGAGCUGGAGGAUGCCCGUCGAGUCAUCGGCACGCUGCCCAUUGAGAAGCUGCUCUUAGAAGAUGAAGAUAAUGAUACGUAUGUUUUAAACCAUGCUCUCUCUGUUGAAGGGCUUUAAGUUGCACGUCUGGGGCCUGAUUCUCACCUACUCAG